UUCUUGAGCUAGGCCCCGGCCCCGCCCCGCCGGCCCUGCGUGUCUCGCGGCUGCGCGUGGUGGAGUGCAGCCUAGCUCUGCUGAGCCCCCUUCUACCGCCCCGCCCACCCCGCUUUGCAGGCUGCUCUGGGAUUUCCCUUCGCCUCCGUUUGGGGCUGCUGUUUCGCUUCGCCGACGGUUUGGAAACCCUGCAGUCUUCUCAUCUGGUGAUGGAGCUUUCAAGUCCUUCCAGAGAGGUGAGUGGGCCAGGGCUCCCAAAUGGUCUCGUCGCUCUUUCUGGAAUCCUGGCCAUCCAGGCUCUGGAAUUCAGUGAACGACACACUCUCCUCGAAACCAGGCCAUCACAGCCCUUUGAUGGAGGGACAGAUGGAGGGAAGGAGUGUCCCAAGCCCCGGGACAGAGUAGGCAUCUUGGCUCCCAGCCUCAUGGGAUUGCUUCUACUUCAGGCUGUGUCGUGGGCAUCAGGUGCCCGCCCCUGCAGCCCUAAAAGCUUUGGCUACAGCUCAGUGGUCUGUGUCUGCAAUGCUACAUACUGUGACUCUCUUGACCCCCUGACCCUACCUGACCCUGGUACCUUCAGCCGCUUUGAGAGCACACGCAGUGGGCGCCGAAUGGAGCUGAGUCUGGGGACCAUCCAGGCCAACCGCACAGGCACAGGGCUGCUAUUGAUCCUGCAGCCAGAUCAGAAGUUCCAGAAAGUGAAGGGUUUUGGAGGGGCCAUGACAGAUGCUGCUGCUCUCAACAUCCUUGCCCUGUCACCUCCUGCACGGGAUUUACUACUCAAAUCGUACUUCUCUAAAGAAGGAAUCGAAUACAACAUCAUGCGGGUCCCCAUGGCCAGCUGUGACUUCUCCAUCCGCACCUACACCUAUGCUGACACCCCUGAUGACUUCCAGUUGCUCAACUUCAGCCUCCCAGAGGAAGAUGUCAAGCUCAAGAUACCCCUGAUCCACCAAGCCUUGGAGUUGGCCCAGCGCCCUGUCUCACUCUUUGCCAGUCCCUGGACAUCACCCACUUGGCUCAAGACCAAUGGGGCAGUGAAUGGGAAGGGGACACUCAAGGGUCAUCCAGGGGAUCUCUACCACCAGACCUGGGCCAGAUACUUUGUCAAGUUCCUAGAUGCCUAUGCUGAGCACAAGUUACAGUUCUGGGCAGUGACAGCUGAGAACGAGCCUUCUGCAGGGCUAUUUAGCGGGUACCCCUUCCAGUGCCUGGGCUUCACCCCUGAACACCAGCGAGACUUCAUCGCCCGUGACCUGGGUCCCACCCUCGCCAACAGUACACACCGCAAUGUCCGACUUCUCAUGCUAGAUGACCAACGCUUGCUGCUGCCUCACUGGGCCCAGGUGGUGCUGGCAGACCCAGAGGCAGCUAAGUAUGUUCAUGGCAUCGCUGUACAUUGGUACCUGGACUUUCUGGCUCCAGCAAAAGCCACCCUGGGGGAGACACAUCGCCUGUUCCCCGACACCAUGCUCUUUGCCUCAGAGGCCUGUGUGGGCUCCAAGUUCUGGGAGCAGAGCGUGCGGCUGGGCUCCUGGGAUCGAGGGGUGCAGUACAGCCACAGCAUCAUCACGAACCUCCUCUACCAUGUGGUCGGCUGGACUGACUGGAACCUCGCCCUAAACCCUGAGGGGGGACCCAAUUGGGUGCGCAACUUUGUCGACAGCCCCAUCAUCGUGGACAUCGCCAAGGACACAUUUUACAAACAGCCCAUGUUUUACCACCUUGGCCACUUCAGCAAGUUCAUUCCUGAGGGCUCCCAGAGAGUGGGGCUGGUUGCCAGUGAGAAGAAUGACUUGGACACAGUGGCACUGAUACAUCCUGAUGGCUCUGCAGUUGUGGUCGUGCUAAACCGCUCCUCUAAGGAUGUGCCUCUUACCAUCAAGGAUCCUGCGGUGGGCUUCGUGGAAACUAUCUCACCUGGCUACUCCAUUCACACCUACCUGUGGCGUCGCCAGUGAUGGAACAGAUACCCAAGCAGGCGCCUAGGCUCAGCAUGGACAUCAAAGGGAUAGAGUCAGCUCACAUGCUGUCUGUGGCUACAGAGGGUACAGCAGGACUGGGGGGGAGCUUAAGUGAUGUAAGCCCCAGAGGCAGUGGUUUGGGUGACUCACUCUCCCCUCUAGUUGGUGCCAGGGGCUGGAGGCCCCUAGGGAAAGGACCGGGAGGCCCCAGUGGUCCUCCACCCCCAUGCUUGUGUGAGCGUGUGCUGUGUGCUGGUUGCCUGUGGAAACUGGGCCCAGGCCCAGGGUGAGCUCACUGUCUGUACAAACACAGGGGUGGGGGCUGGAUGGCAAGAGAGGUUAAGGAAAGGAAGAGACUAGGAAAGCUGAACCCAAAACUGGGAAGUGCUUGUCUUUCUUGGAGAUGCAGAACCAGGCCCAUGCAGAUGUCAGCACCAGGGCACAGGCAGCGAAAGAAGCCAAGCACCAGUGGGUAGACUCAAGCACCCAGAUGGCCCCCUUGGUCCAGCGAGGAAAAAUGGCAGCCUCUUAAAGGAGAGAAUGUCUGAUCCCAGUCAGUGUGAGCAGUUUUAUUCUGGGGGUGGGACCCCAUUUCCACCCAUACCACAAUGGGGAAACAUAGGAGCCCCUGGAAUGCAUGACAGUAGAAAAAUCAGUCCUGGGAGCAUGAGGAUAAAUCAUUCCUCUUCAACCUCCUCAGCCAUGCCCAGGGCCCGUGUGCGUGGGGCCCGGGCAGGUGGUGCCCGCUGGAUGGAGACAAUGCCACUGAGCAAGGCAUAGCCCGCCAUGGCUGCCAGCCCCGCCAACACAGAUAGGAUCUGGUUCCGGCGCCGAUAUGGCUCCUCCUCAGUCUCUGGGUUUGCUGGUGUCUGGCGUGGAGGUGGCACCUCAGCUGAGGGGCAAGGAAGGAAGGUGGGUCAGGGGGCUGGUUUCUGGAUCCCUGCCCACUCUCCGCAGAGCUAGCGCCCACCCCCGACCCAUCUGCCCCUUACCUCCCUCCCAGGGGAAGUAGAGGCUGAGGAUAUGGGUGCAGUAGGCACAGAGGUUGUGCAGCCCCCGCAGGUGGGCCUGCAGUUUCCCACUGGGCAGCUUCGCCUGCUGCAGCAGGGCCAAGUAGCUGAAGACAAAGGCAUCCAGGGAGGCGGGGCUGCAGCAGAGAGAAAGGGUGGGAUGGAGAAGGGGAAGAGAUGGAGUCGGAGGAAGAGUCGGCCCUGGGAAGGUAGGCUCUGGGCAGCAGGGGACCACCAGGGGAGGAGAGGACACACAGUUCUGGUCCUGGUGUGGGGAAGGCGCCCCAGGUGGCGCCAGCCUGGCCUUGAAUGGGACUCUAUCCCAGGGCUGCAUAAAGGGCACAUUGAGUGUCCCACAGCCCAGCAGGCCCCUCCUGGGCCUGGCGGCCCUCCCACCCUCCUGUACCACUGAGGCGGCUCCGGGCCCACACACAGCCCCACUGUCACCAGACCCAGUGUCUGUCCCGAGGACCUCUUGUCCAGAGCCUGAGCCCACCCUAGCCUCUGUGGCUGUCUGAACCUGUACCUUCUUCCAAGCCACCUAUGAUUCCCCUGGAGUCAGACUCACGCAUCUCCAAAGAAGAAUUUCUGAGAGCCCAGGCGCUGAGAGAGAAGGGUCAGGCAUUCCCGAGCUUCCUGGUACAGCUAUAGGGGGACACCAGGUCAGCUUGCGGCUGCGGGAGCAGUGCCGCCUCCCCGGCCAGGCACUCCCACUCCUGGCCAUCGUCCUGGGGGCUCCUCUCAUACAACAGCCCCCUGUCCCAGAGGUACCUCCUUCUCCAGCUCUUCCUCCUCCUCAGGCCUGUGCUCCCCACACAGCAGCUGCAGCCGCUCCAUGUACUGCCGCUGCAUGCGGCCAGGCAGGAAGAAGUUGAGGGGAAAGGGCAUAGCCUCUGCGUACCACUUCCGGGUUACUUCCACAUAGUUCUUGGCGUCUACCCAGAAAGUAUGUAUCUGGAUUGGGUGUGUAGGAAGGAAGAGGCAGGUCUGAGCCAGUGCACCUGCCUGACCCAGGGUGGGCUUCUGGUCCCCACGCUGCUCCAAGCCUGUGUGUGGGUGUGGGGGGGUGUCUGUGUGUAUGCCCGACCCCCUCCCCCACUGACCAUCCAUGCUGGGAGGUCUGGGCACACUCACCAGCACCGGGAGCAGCUUCUCCUCCAGCAGAGACAUAAAGGCCAAGGUGUCUGCCCCUUGCCGGGCUGACAGAUCAUAAUCUGCAUUGUACUUCUGUGGAGGAAACAUCCACUGUGAGGUGGAUGCUGGGGGACUCCAGGGACACUUCCUCAAGGAGGGAGGCAUCCUGUCUGGCACCACCCACACUGACCUCUGAGUGUAGCAGAGGUAGAGUGUGGGGCUUUGCUCGCUGAGACCCCCUUGCCUGGGCCCAGUCAGUAGCCUGUUGCCGUUGGCGGGAAGCCUGGACCUUGGAGCCUGCUGGCCGUCAACGUCCCGCGCCCAUUGGGGGUUGGAAGGAAGGCCCAGCCACAAACCAGGAGCAGCUCCCAGAGUUUCCACAGAAAGCUGGCAGGAUGCCUGCUGACGGCAACUUUCUAACAGUAACUUCUCCGAUCCAGACACCACAAAACUAGUAGAGUGGAGCUCAGAUGCAGGUUGGGCCUCAAUCAGUGCCUCAGGAACUAGGGGAUGCCAUCCUCAUGCUCCCAAGACCCAGUGAACCCACGUCUAGGGCCCCAGUGCCCAGCUCUUGGGUGUUUCUUCUAUGUCAUUCCAUGGCCCGGGCACCACCACCACACACACAUUCCAACCAUACCCCCAGGUCUCAGCCUGCCACACCUUGCUCGGCUCCAGUAUCUGCUCCUCAGCACCCUCCUCCACAUCCUGAGUAAACGUUGUCCCCAAAUAACCUCUUGAGUGUGAUCCUUAAAUCUCUCUGAGCCUCAUUCUCCCCCAUGGAAUAGGGAUAAUAAUCUUUCUCUCAGUGUGGCUGUGUUAGGAGAAAACUCUUUGGAAACUGGGAAAGCUGUGUUCAUACAUAAGGCAACAAUAGCCCAGUCCCGCCAGGAACUUUGGCUUUUACCUGGACCCCCUCUCUCCAUGCCUCUCAAGCCUCCAUUAAUUCCCCGGUUCCUCCACCUUUGGGAAAGUAGAAAUGAAUAAGAGGGUCCCACUUCUGACAAUAUGUUCACUUUUGGAACUAGACCAUGAAACUAGAAGAGCCCUUGGAAAGCAUCCCGGCUAAGCCCCGUAGUUUUACCAAUAAGGAGCUUACGGCUCUGAGAGGUUAAGCAAUUUGCUCAAGGUCACACAGCCAAUGACAGUGAAAAGCACAGCCUAGGCCUCCCCAAUCCUCUCGUAAUGCUCUUUCAACUUCCCCACCCUGGCUCUUAGCCUCGUCCAUCCUGAGCUCCAUAUUAUAAAGCCCGACCUGGUCCCUGAAAAAAGGGCAAUGGCCCUUAGCAAUCCCUCUCUGGUCCCAUCUUUUUUUUUCUGGUCUCAUCUUUGAGGACCUCAUCUGAGCCAACUGUUCUCUCCUACUCUCCUUUCCCUUCCAUGUGUCAUCAGCCUGUUCAUCUCUCCCUCCUCACCCAGAAGGCAGAAGUCAUUGUGCAUCCAGAUGCCUUGACAGUGGCCUAGCUGACUCUCUAGCCUACUACUCAACUACAUCACAGCAACACGUCUGUGUCUCCUCAACCAGACUACAUGUUCCUUGAAGCUCGGUCCCCUGCGUCUGGUUUGGCAUAUAUUUGGUACUCAAUAAAUGUGUGUUGCACUGAA